AUGGUUGGUCGCCGCGCAGACACGCUGGCAGAGGAAUCCUGCGAAAUGCUCAAAUGUCACCCGCCGGCACGUCACGUCCGGCAGAACAAAGCUUUGCAUUCACACUUCUCACAUCUGUUCCGUUUUCUCGCAGCCCUCAACGAGACCAAAAAAAUCUACGGCAUUUCGCACAUUUCUGUUGCAGAAUUUACAAACCAUAUAGACAAGUGGACGAUUCUUAUAUGUGAUACAUCGUACGCUGGAGCUAUUAAGCUCCUAAAUUUAGCAGAUCUAGGUUCAAGAUUAGGUUAUUGCAAGGAGCAAAACGCAUUCCACGUCACUGAAAGCAGCCAAUCGGACCUCGUGCCAGAUUUCUUUCACGGAGCCCAUAAUAUUUCGGUGCCAGUAAACUGUGGAAAGGAAAAGCUAUCAUCCAUCUCCGAGCCGUGGACGCAUAGGUGGAUGGGAACUGCCAGUGCGACUACCUACGGAGCUUGGUUCAAAGACCCGCUGCCAGCACCGGACAGCGAGAACAAAAUAUACUUCGUCUCAAAUCCCACUAAUCAGAAGUCGCUGUACGAGUACGCAAACUACACGGACUUUAUAUCGAACCGGCGCCGCCUCGUGCAUACGCUCACGAACGCGUACGGCGGAACGGGCUUUGCCGUUUACAAUAACUCCUUUUACUACUCGGGCUCCAAUUUGCAUUUUAGUACUCGCUCAAAUUUGCGUCGCAGCCCGGGGCUGGUUCGGAAAUUCCAGUGGCCGACUAGAAUGACAAUGAACGCCUGUCACGCUGUAGACGAGUUAUUUCUCUUUCUUCGGAAUAGUUCGUUGAAAUGUUCACAAACAUUUCAUUAAAUUUC